AUGAAUAAAUCCGGCCAGGGAAAACAUACGUUCAACUGGUGCUUAAAACAUAGUCAAACAGUCGCGGAUAUUAGUGAUGACGAAAGCGAUGAAAACAUAGAAGAUAUUAAAGGAAAGAAAAUAUAUUUAAAUAAUUUGAUGAAACAAGUAAACGAGACGGUGUUGACUGAUAUUCGGCAAAGCUUUCUGAAAUAUGUUAAGGGGAAUAUAAAAGAAAACCAAUUGCGUGAUAUUUUGAAACCAUACAAUAUAGUUUUGUCGGAUAAAAAUUUCCACGCAUUUUUUUCUAAAAUAGAUGUUAAAAAAAAAGGCACCGUCAAUUUUUUACUAUUCGUUACUUAUUUAGCGGAAGAAUUUGAAAUAAAGCGUAAAUAUAAUGAAUUUGUAUCAAACGCUGAAACUGAAUUAUCAAAAUUCAUCCCCAAAUUACUACCGAACAAAUUGAUCGAAUACGGAGAAGAAGGCAUAAUUCGAUACGUAGAUAUAACGUUCUUACCGAACAAAAUAAAACAAUCUCAAAAAGAACCCGACGAACCUGAAUACAUAGCAGCCAGUCAAUCGGGGAAAAUUGUUCGUUAUACAUCAGACAUGCAAUGGAAAGCUACAUACCAAGUCGUUUCGGACGUGCCGCCGACCAGGGCCAGAGGUUUGGUGGCGAUGCCGGAGUUUAGCGUCAUUUGCCUGUCGCUCAUGGGCGGCGAACUGAUGUUCUACGACAUGUCUUCCGGCCAGUUCAAGCUGUGUUUCGAAGUCAAUCUGGGGUAUUGCGUGUUGAGCACUUGUCUCAUACACGUGUACGCGUUCAACAUACGCCAGAAGACCGGCUCGUCGAAAAUCGCGAUCGGCGACGAGGACGGCACCGUGUUCGUGCUCGAGUUCUUAUCGUCCGACGAAUGGAACCCGUUCAAGGACAAGUCGGGCAAAGCCAACGAGACAAAGCCGAUGUACAUCGAAUCUCUGGUGAAACAGACGUCGGCCGAGCCGCCCACCACUAAGCCGUCCGCCAAGUGUCCGCCGUUGAUCCGCGCGUACCUCUACGAACAGCUGCACAACGCGCCCGUCGAACAGAUCGCGUUUUACAACGCCGGCAGCUCGUUCGCGUCCGUGUCGCAGUCGCAUCGCCAGUCGAUGGCCCAAUAUCACUUUCAACCCAAACGAAACGAAGGCCCCGUUUACACGGCCAACGUCGAGGGGUUCACCUGCUUGUGCGCGGUCCACGACACGCACCUGGCCGCCGGCAGCCUGGACCGGUCCAUCAGGGUGUGGGACAUCAAGGCCGACCGCGCGUCGGGCCCCGUGGACUGCACCACGCUGACGGGCCACGACUGGGGCGUGAUGCGCGUCUCGUACAAUCCGGCCAACGGGUACCUGUACUCCGUGUCCACGGAGUGCAUAGUCAAGGUGUGGGACCUGCGCCGGGCCACGUGCCUGUUGACGUUCGACGGGCUGACGGUGGCCGCGGCACCGGAAAGAAAACAAUUUUGGCCGUUCGUCGUGAUGCACUUCAACUGGCGCAACCAGGCCAUCGUAUGCGUGGCCAACGAUUACAAGUCGUUCAUGGUGGUCGAGUGUACCAAACCGACGGUCGCCGACCGCGAGCUGUCGGGGCUACAAGACGACAAGUCGCACGCAACGCCCGUCGUCAAGACCUUGUACAACGCGCUGUUCCGGGUGUUGAUAUCCACGUCCGCCGAGGACUCGUCCAUAUCCGUGUGGAACAUGCGCACCGGCGACGUGAUCAUCAAAUGGUCCAUGGCGCACACCGAGGAGGUGUACUGCGAGAUCCUGCCGGUCGAGAUCACCGCUGCCAACUUCGACCCGUCUGGCGGUCUGCUCGUCACCGCCGCGGUGAACGGCAGCGUUCACAUGUGGGACCCCAACACCGGUGUGUGCUUGAACCGACUGCGGAUCCCGUCCGGCGGCCGGAUAUCGGAAGUCUUCUGGCUGCCCAAUAAGAUAUUGGUGACCGGUUUUGAUCAUCGGGUGACUGAAUUCAACGACCCACUGUUACUGUCCAAAGGAAAAGUGUGGCUGUCCAACCACGACGAGCCGGUGUUGAGCGCGUGCGUCAAGCUACCGUCGUUAUUCGUGACCACGACGCAGGCGGGCGUGAUGGGUUUCUGGCGGCUAGAGACGGGACAGCUGACCAAAAAAUACAAGGCCCGUAUGAGGCCGGACACCCGGAAGAAUAAGAACUCGAACUUGUCGUCGGCGAGCAAGAGCCAGAUGACAUCAACGAUGGUGAGCAAGAGCCAGAUAAGUUCCUUGUCGCUCGUUGGCAGCCGUAUAAUAGGGGACAAUGGUGACACAGAAACCAGGGAGGAGAAACUUAAGAGGUUGGAUAUCAAACACACGCCCCGUGAGCAUUACGCGGCAGUUGCCACACACUUCCUGCGGGCCCGGCCGGAAGACUCGAACGUCGGAACCCUACUCGUGGCCACACGUAAUGGCGUGGUACAGAUAUGGUGCACGUACAAAGUUCCAAAGUACAUAAGCCAGUUCGUGGCCAUACAUAUCGCGGAUGAUUAUGUCACGUCGAUGGCUUCGGACCCAAAGAGCGAAUACUUGAUCACGAGCUUUGAAAGCGGCUACAUCAAGACAUGGUUGGUAACCAACUUUGGACAGCCGAGACACACGAUCUACGACGUGAACAUGCCAUCGCUUAGGUCACGUUUUCCGUUCCUGAUAAUUGUAUUCUUCAUGGGUCGAGCCGAGCGUGCCGCCUCGAAGAACAUGGCUGGCCCACUGUUGGUCAGUACGUACAGGGCACACUCGCAACGCAUUAAUCACAUCGAUUUCAUCGAAAAACUGGAGCUAAUAAUUAGUAGCAGUGUAGACAAGAUGAUUCGCAUCUGGACGUUGGCCGGUCAUUACGUAGGAACUUUGGGAAUGACAUGGCCGGACCUACCAAAAGUCCGCCCGAUUAAUGUUACACAAUUUAAGAUACCUCUGGAUAUCCGACGGCAAGCGUCAUUCACAACAAUUCAAAUUUUGAAGGACGGCGUUAAUGCAAGUUUACGAUCACCAGCAGUAUGGGACAAACUAGAAUUGUUGAGACAACAACGUGUUACACGAGAUAAAAAAGGCAAGAGGAAACUACACAACAAAAAAUGCCCGGAUCUACCUCUACACGACACACAUAUAGAAUUUUUAAGAACCAAAACUACAUCGAUCACACGUCCAGUAGUAAUAAAGAUAGACGAAUCAAAGCCUAGAAUAAAGAUUCAUAAGCAUAUUCCUUUGUACGAUCUUGAUACUAUCCCUGUAAUACAAAAGUUGGAGAAAACAAAAGAGGAAUCCACUCGUAGAACAAAAUUAAUUGUUUUCAAAUAAUAAUUAAUACAUUUAAUUUUUUUAUAUAUAUAAUAAAUGUAUAUAUUAUGUACA